GCUCGUUCCCAGUGAAGAAAGGCAGAACCAUUAUUACAUUGUUAAUAUGGCUGUUCUUGUUUGCACUUGUUGCCAAGGCAAUACAGGGAAGAUCUGCAAACAUAUAGACUGGGGCAGUACUGUUUUACCAUCAGGAAACUACACGGAGGUGACUGAUAGUGACAGUAUACGUAGACUGUAUUAUUUUAUUGCUACAAAUGAGGAGCCUCCUGAAGGGUGGCUAGAGCCUCUGUAUUGCUCUCAGAAUGCAGGGGCUUCAAGUUCUUCGGAACGUUUGGAGCAAAUUGACACAGGUUUGCUCUGUGAAAGCCAAGAAGAGAUGCCAGAGACACUUCGCAUGGAGACAGUUCCAGACAAAAGAAAUAAUGAUUUAAUCGACGAGAUAAAAGCUCGUCUCAUAGAUUUUUCAAAUAAAUCCCCUGAGGAAAUGAGGAAAGGCCUUGAAGUCAUGUGCGAAAAAUUGAGAAAGCUUAAAACGCCAUCUGCAUGUGCAUCUUAUUUGGCAAAUUUUGGUGAAGGAAAAUCUAGAAAAAAUCGUGGUAACUAUAUUCCCGUUCAGCCCACUGCAAUAAGCAGAAGAAAAAACAAGUUGGCAGGUCGCAGAUGUCAUCCGGGGGGAAGACAAAGACCACACUCUAAGCAAAGCAAGGAAUUUGUAAAGACAGUAGAAAUUUCUGAAAUGGCUACCUUUCCAUCACCAGCUACGCAAUCAUCCCAGUCAGCUUCAGACUUUUGAAGAAGGUGCGCGACUAUUUACUGCAGCAUAGUGUGUAGGAUUUUCUUAAUCUGAGAUCCAAUGUAAUGGAACUAUUAAGGGAAUGAUUGUAGUAAUUAAGUUUUUUCUUAAAGCUCAGGCCUAGCCUGACUGCUGAAAUAUAUUAAGUUUUUUUGUUGUAGCUCGGGUCUGACCCGAUUAUUCCCGGCGGGGUCAGAGAUUUUCUCUGCCUCGUGAUGACUGGGUGUUAUGCGAUGUCCUUAGGUUAGUUAGGUUUAAUUAGUUCUAAGUUCUAGGGGACUGAUGACCAUAGAUGUUAAGUCCCAUAGUGCUCAGAGUCAUCUUCUAAUCCGAUUAUUGAAAUAAGUUUUUUCUUAAAGCUCAGAUCAAACUUACUAUUGAAAUAUAGAAGUUCUUCUUUAAAUUGGGAUAUCCCAAC